AUGUCAGAAAUAGGAGCUUCACAUAAAGAACAAAUCUUAGAAGCCGCCAGAAGAAAUAACACGGAAUUAUUGUUACAAAUCAAAUCAGAAUUAAGUAAUGAUGAUGUCAAAUUAUCGGAAUUAAUCAAUACCACCAAAGAAAUCAUAACUAAUAACUCACCUUUACAUUUAGCAUGUCAAUUAGGAAAUUGGGAAUUCAUCGAUAUCGUGUUAGAUAUUGAAGGAGUUGAAAUCGAUCCAAAAAAUAGAGCCGGAGAAACUCCAUUACAUUUGGCUGUGAAGUACACCAACGAAGAACCAGAACAUGGAUACUUUAUGAUAGAUAAUUUGAUUGAUGCUGGAUCAGACCCCAGAAUUCUUGAUGAUUCUAAGUUGAAACCUAUCAAUUAUAUUAAAGAUAAUGCCAAAUUAAAGGAAUUAUUAGAAAGUGCCGAAUAUGCCAUUUCAUUGGAACAUCAAAUCGAUAUUGAAGAACAAGAGGAUGAAGAAGAUGAUGGACCUUCCGAUUCAGAUUCAGAUAACUAG